CCGCAUCAUUACCAUCAUCAUCACCUCCUCCUCCUGCAGAGCUGCGCGGAGCAUCAACGUCUUUCCCAACAGCUUCAGCUUUAUGUCUGUGAGGACUACUCAGAGCCGGAGGAGGGGAUAUUUUAUCGGUGCUACCCACCCACAUGUGACUAUUUCUUACAACAGCUUGAGAUAUUAACUGAAAAUGGGAGCCUUCGGAGUGAUAGCAUGGAUUUUGCAAUACGCGGGACUUUACGUUCAACUUAACGCAGCGCUCAUCUCAGAACACGGAGAGGUGGAUAAUCACAUCUCUGGAAACGCCGUCUUCACAGAGGUGCCACACGACAUCACGACGCGGAGCGGUGACGAUGUAGAGAUGGCUUGUUCCUUCCGUGGGGCGGGCUCACCCUCCUACUCCCUUGAGAUCCAGUGGUGGUACAUCAAGGACCACAGCAACCAGCAAAAAAAGACUUCCCAGAUGACUAAUAAUGUUGUACCCCUCGAGGAAACAUCCAAAGAUGCCACCAAAAUUAGUGUGGUAAAAGUAGCCGGCAGCAACAUCUCCCACAAGCUUCGUCUCUCCAGCGUCAAGCCAUCAGAUGUGGGCACUUACGAGUGCCGUGUCAUUGAUUUCAGCGGCACCAAGACACAGCACUAUCGUGUUCGUGCGUACCUCCAGGUGGAGCCUGGAAGGAAGCAGGGGGACCUCAAGCACCAAGCAGAAGGCAGAGACCUGAAGAGGAGAUCAGCCAGGAGCACCACUGACUGUAAUGACAGCUGCGUGCUUUAAAGAGAACAGUCUCCCUGACGGUCUGCAUGUUCAUGACUUAUCACUACGAGGGACACACACACGUUACCACAGCGUCAAAGAGUCAGAUAUGACGGAAACCCUUGUGUUUGUUUGUCUACCUGUAAUAUAGCUGUUUGGAUGCCAGCACUGUUGAAUGCCAAAAAGGGAACAAUUUAUGACAGUACAUAUGAAUGUGUUCUUUUUGUUGCUUUGUUGAUUGUCUCUGUGCUUUUUCUGAUUGCAUAAAGUUUCGGUUAAUGUAACAAUCAGGCAGAUGUUUUUUGUUUUGUCAAUGCAGGACCAAGCAUCAAUAAUUGUCCUUACAGAGUUUCAAAGGAGGAGUGUCGACUUAUUUUGGAUAGCAAACAGGGCAAAGUUAGAGUUCUUUGAGAGGAUAGUUUCCUUUGCAAUGUGCCAGUCCUUACACAAACAUAUGCCAAAAGCUGCAGUAUUUCAAUGUAAAUGCUUUUUAGCUUUUUUCAUAUAUCUAAACUUUACAAAGUGCAUUGAUAUAAUUUAUGUAAUCCAUGUUUACAAUGUAUUAACUUUCUAUAAAAUGACUGGAAUGUUUGUCAAAUAUAAAUGUAUACCUUCAUCACAUAGUUAAAAAUAUAUUCCUGUGUAUAUUCUUACUUGGCAACAUAAAAUUUUACUCUCAUCAUUAAUUCAAGUUUUAUUCUGUGCUACUUAACCAAAUUAAUUAAGACACAAAGCUAUCGUAUGUUAAUCUCUUUAAAAUGUUUGUCACCUUUUUCUCAACUACAGUACAACUUUUUAGUCUUCACUUUUCUGGAGUUUGUCAUGUUAAGUUCCUGUUUUUUUUGCUGCUGUUUAAUACCUGCUCUGUUAAAUACAUUUAUUUGAAAAGGCAUAUUUAUUUUCCCCAUUUUCUUCAAUAUGUUGAAGGAAAAUAUACUGUGUACAGCAGCUACAGUGCAACACAAAUAAAGCUUUCUACAGAGGCUCUUC